UAUCGCAAUCACUCUCUCGAACAAUCCCGAAAGACACAAACUGCCCACUGCCCACGCACCUCCUCCUCCUUUCAUGCACGGUCGAUAGAUAGGUGCCCCGCCAUCGCCUCCUCCCAGCGACCGGUUGAUAACUCGAUACCACAAUACCACGAUACCACGCACGGCAUGGCUAGCAACGGUGCCCAGCAGGCCUUUGCGCCUGUUUUGGCCGCGCACAGUACUAUGGCAUCAGGGGCAGACCGCGCCCAGAAAGAGCAGGCACACCAUUUCUUGGAGCAGUUCCAGAAGUCGGAAGAAGCUUGGACUAUAACUAUAGGAAUGUUGGAGGCGAACAAUGUGGACGCAGCGGCGAAGCUGUUUGCUGCUACAACCCUCAAGGGCAAGAUCGUCUACGACCUUCACCAGCUGCCACGUGAAUCACUACCAAAUCUGCGUGAAUCUAUCAUGAGGAACCUGGCCACGUUCCAUGCUGGGCCUAAACCUACUAGGUUGCAGCUGUGCGUCUGCCUUGCAAACCUGGCUAUUCAGAUGACAGAGUGGAAGGAUGCGCUGGCUCACAUUGUAUCCGCCUUGGGUACAAACCCUUCCACGCUGCCAUGUCUCUUGGAUUUCCUUCGCGUCCUUCCAGAAGAGGUUACUCAUGGACGAAAAAUCGCUCUCACAGAAACCGAGUUGCAAAUGAGGACGGCUGAGUUGAUUGAGGACAAUGCUGAGCAAGCCCUCGCCCUCCUCACGCAGUAUGCCCAAUCUUCACCCGCGGCUGCCCAAAACCCGCAAUUGUUCAAUUGCAUUACGUCGUGGAUGCGCGAGAUAUCUCUGGAGAACAUUGUGAACUCACCCUUGUUUGGCGUCAUGUUUAAUGCUCUGUCCGUACCGGAUCCCUUUGAGGCCGCGGUUGAGUGCAUUUGUUAUCUCAUCUCCGAGACGCGGGAUGUCGAUGAGACGAUGCAAAGCAUCAUGCUGUUGUAUCCCAAGGUGUUGGAAUUGAGACCAAUGCUCGUAGAAGCUGCACGCGAGGAGGAUUCUGAAAAAUACAAAGGAAUUGCGAGGAUACUUUCCGAGGCUGGAGAGGCUUGGGUCUUGCUUGUCGCUCGACUUCCUACCGAAUUCCGAGGCCUGGUCGAAUCCAUCGUGGAAGUUGCGGCUUUGGAUCAGGAGCGUGAUGCGGUCUCUCAUACGUUCACAUUCUGGUACGAUCUCAAACAGUACCUCACUAUCGAGAAAUAUGCGCCAGCAAGAGCACAAUUCUUCGACGUAUACUCUAAGCUGGUUGAUAUCAUGAUCGGUCAUCUGGAGUACCCGAAACCGGAGAGUGGAGACGAGAAGGAUCUGUUCGAGGGUGAUCGAGAACAGGAAGAGAAAUUCCGAGAAUUCCGGCAUCACAUGGGAGACGUCUUGAAGGAUGCUUGCGAGGUCAUGGGUGUAGCUGAAUGCUUGCAAAAACCUUACAACUUCAUCCAAUCUUGGGUACAAGCAUAUGGUCCACAGGCUGCGCCAAAUCGCGUUCCGGAGUGGCAGAAACUCGAAGCUCCGCUGUUUGCCGUACGAGCCAUGGGCAGGAUGGUGCCACGCGAUGAGGAUACCAUGCUUCCUCGACUCAUUCCACUAAUCGUUGCGAUUCCGGAUCAUCACAAGGUUCGAUUCCAAGCUGUUAUGGCUCUAGGACGCUACACUGAAUGGACCGCGGAGCAUCCGGAUACCUUGCAACCCCAGCUCGAUUUCAUCAUGGCUGCGUUUGAACAUGGUACAAAAGACGUCAUUCGCGCAGCGGCGCUUUCCUUCAAGUUCUUCUGCAACGACUGCGCGAGCUUGCUCGCCGGAUUCAUCCAGCCAUUGCAACAAUUCUAUGCCAAAUACCUCAAUGGCCUUCAAGUUCCCAGUCAAGAGGAGAUUACAGAUGGUGUAGCCUCUGUCAUCGCUAAAUUGCCUCUGGAGCAGAUCUACCCGACAAUGAAGCUGUACUGUGAUCCAAUUGUACAAAACCUAAUGGCUCUUGCAAAUCAGGCCAAGGAUGAGUCGGAGCAGAAGGUUGUUGCAGACAAAAUCAAUCUACUCACUAUCUUCAUCGAGAUGGUGAAACCACACGUACCGAAAGGGCAAGAAAAUCCGGCAGUGAAGUAUUGCCAAGAACUUUUCCCUGUACUUUCCAACCUCAUCUCACAUUUCUCGAAGAGCAUACCGAUCCUGGAACGAGUCUGCCGAUGCUGGCGUUAUAUGGUCAUCUCCUACCGGACAGAUAUGCGACCCCUUCUACCAGAGCUUGCGACCAAAUUGAUCCAAGGAUUCGAGACAUCGAGGCAAGGCUGCUUUCUGUGGGCAACCUCUUCAAUAAUCCGCGAGUUCUCUGCCGGCAGUGAUGAAAUUGAUGCAAGCUUAGCCAACGAUGUCUAUCAGUUCUAUGAACAGCAAGCCAAAACUUUCUUGCACAUCCUCAGCGAUCUGCCACCGGAGGACUUGCCGGAUCUGAUUGACGACUUCUUCCGUCUUACAGGCGACAUGGUGCUCUACUUUCCUACGGAGUCUAUCACGUCUCCUCUCAUGGAAACUAUCGUACUCGCAGCUUGCUCUUCCCUGACUCUUCUCAAAGAAGAACCCAUAAUCGCCACUCUCCACUUUCUCCACGAUUUGCUUGGAUAUGGCCGCAACUCUGCACCCUCGUCCAGCCUUGACAACUCUCGCCAUGAUGUACCCCAACAAAUCCAGGACCGCGUCAAGCAACUGAUCGCAGCAUCUGGAGCACAGCUUGUUCAACGCCUUAUGACGGGGUUGAUGUAUUCGUUCCCUGAAGGAUGUUUCGUGGAUGCUUCUGGUGUCCUCCUCGAUCUGUUUGAGCUUAUGCCAGAGCAGGUUGCUGGGUGGGUUCAGCAGACAGUCGGGAUGCUUCCGCAAGGCAGCAUUACACCACAAGAGAGUGAACGAUUCCUAAAUAACAUUCGCCAACGCAUCCAGACCGGCGACAUCAGAAUGAUCAAGACAAUUCUUCAAGACUUUACACACAGCUACCGCCGGAGAAACGUAGCACCGCGAGAGGGGUUAGGAAGGUUGGAAGCAAGCCGGUUCAGAUUUGCUGGCUGA